UGGCGUUAGAUUAAACAGCUGAUUUCAUCCAGAGUCUUGUUAUUAUUCGUUCAUAAUAAUCAACAUGGUGGCAGCGGUAACAAGAACUAUAAUUAGGUUUAUAUCAGUGAUAUAAAUCUAGUUAAAUUAAGUAAAAAAAAAUAGAUCUAAAGUGUAGAUUAGUAGAUUCCAGAGUCUCAGUCUAGAGUUGAGUCUUGAGAGGCUCGGGGCAGUCGGGGUUAUUGAACUUAUUGAGUUACGCCGAGUCGCCCGAGUUACGGUAUUCUUGAUCUAGUUAAGUCUAGUCUAGAUAGUAGAUAUACUAUAGUCUAGUAAAGUUUUCAUUGAAGAUGGCAGAAUGUCAACUUAAACCACCUACAGAGUUAAAUGUGAUUGAAGGUAAAAUGUCUGAAAAUUUUCGUCAAUGAGACUCAAUGGAGAAGACAAGUGGAACUGUUUCUGUUAGCAAUAGGAGCUGAAGAAAAACCUAAAAUCAGAUAAAAAGCAAUAAUACUACAUUGUGCAGAGAUAAAUAAGGAAACUGUUGUGAAGAUAGAUAAGAUAGAACAAAAGAAAACUGACAACAGAAACAACCUAAUAGAUUGCUGGUUUUGUGGAGGCAGACAUGCAGUGAACAGAACAUCAUGUCCUGCUUGGGGCAAAAUUUGCAAUAAAUGCAAAGGUAAAAAUCAUUUUGCAGUUAAGUGUAAAACUGAUAAUAAAAUACAUAUGCAUGGAUGAAUUUGACCAAGAGGAACACUUAAACUCAAUAAAUGUGUUGAACAUCAAUAGGGACAGAAUGACAGCACUAUUCAUGAUAAAUGGUCAACAAAUAAGAUUUCAACUGGACACAGGAGCUGAUGUUAACAUUAUAUGUAAGAAAUAUGUAAAAAAAGACACAAAUUAAGAAGACUGUUCAAACAUUAACAAUGUGGAAUAAUUCCAAAUUAAAAACAGAGGGCACUGCUAACUUAAUAAUAACAAAUCCUAAAAACAAAAAGAACUAUUUGGUAACAUUCACAGUUGUAGAGAACCAUUAUCAAUGUUUAUUAGGCCCUAAAACAUGCCAAAGUUUAAGUCUGAUCACAUUAAAUGAAGAUAGACUCAUAUCACAAGUAAACACAAUGGAUUGUGAUCUAGGAGAUUUAGGUGAAACAUCAUUAGCAGUCAAUGGGAACAUAGCUCCAGUGGUAUCACCUGGUCGUAAUAUACCAUUUGCAUUUCAAAAGAAAGUGGAAGCAGAAAUAGAGACAUUAGUAAAAAGGAAAAUAUUAAUUCCUGUAAAUGAACCAACAGAUUGGGUCAGCCAGAUGGCUGUUGUUCAAAAGCCAAAUGAGAAUUUAAGGAUCUGCAUUGACCCAAGACAUCUAAACACUUCUUUAAAAAGAGAACAUUUUAAAUUACCAACUUUGGAAGCUGUAAUGCCACAGUUCCUAAAUGUAAAAAUAUUUUCUAAAUUAGAGGUAAAGGAGGCUUACUGGCAUGUAUGUCUAGAUGAAAAGUCUAGUCUCCUAACAACAAUGAUCACACCAUAUGGGCGCUACAGAUGGUCAAGACUUCCUUUUGGACUAAGUGUAAGUGGAGAAAUAUUCCAGAAGAAGUUAACAGUAGCAUUGUUAGGAUUAGAAGGAUGCAUUAAUGUGGCUGAUGAUAUCGUGAUUGUGGGAUGUGGUCAGUCCAAAGAAGAAGCAGAAUAAGAUCACUCUGACAAACUGAAGAGAUUAAGAGAGAGAUGCAAAAAGAAAUGCACUAAAUUAAAUGAAACAAAAACAGUAGAGAAACAAGACACUGCAUUAGUGCGCAAGGCAUAAAGCCUGACAUAAAGAAGAUCAAAGCUAUUCUGGAAAUGAAACCAGAAAAUAGCCAAGAAGCAAGAUGAAGUUUUUAACAUAUGCCAGACCCAAGUUGUGGACAUACCGGAUCCGUUAUCAGAAAGAAUAAAACAAGAAACAGACUUAGAUGACACAUUAAGUAAAUUAUCAAAGCAAAUCAUGAAUGGAUGGCCUCAAAGAAAACAAGAUUUACACAACACGAUAAAACCAUAUUUUGAUUUUGCUGAUACUUUGGGACUUAGUAAUGGAGUAAUCUUGAAAGGAGAAAGUGUAGUCAUACCUUUCAGUAUGCGUCAAGAAAUGAAGAAAAACCUGCACACAGACCUUAUCGCAUAUGAUGGAACGAUGAGGAGGGCCCGACAGACGAUGUUCUGGCCUGGCAUGGCUUAUGAAAUAAAACAGAUGGCAGAGACAUGCACUGCUUGUCAAGAAAGGAAACCUAUGAACCAGAGAGAAACACUUAUACAACAUGAUGAAGGAAAUGUGCCAUGGGAAAAAGUUGGAUGGAAGUGGAUGGAAGACAGUAUCUAAUUACUGUUGAUUAUUACUCUAAUUUUAUUGAGUAUGAUUAUCUGUCAACAACAACAUCACAAGAUGUGAUUAGAAAAUUGUGAGGACAAUUUGCUCGUUUUGGUGUUCAGAAAAAUGUUAGUAACAGAUGGCGGUUCGCAGUUUACUUCAAAUGAGUUUUUGAGAUUCACAAAGCGAUGGAACAUCACUCACAUCAGAUCAGAUCCUGGCUAUCCGAGAACUAAUGGGAAGGCUGAAGCUGCUGUAAAGAUAAUGAAUAACUUAAUACUAAAAACUAAAUGUAAUGGUGAUGAUCCAUAUGAAGCUUUACUGGAACUCAGAAACACACCUCGGCAAUGUACUGGAUUUAGCCCAGCUGAAAUGUGCCUCAAAAGAAGUCCUCAAACAUUGAUUCCCAGCACUUCAAAGUGUUUAAGUUAACAUGUUGUAGCUGAGAAGAAAGAGAAUUACAAACGACAAGUAAAAAGACAAUAUGAUAAGCAAGCUCGGGAUCUACCAAAACUCCAUCUAGGGCAAACUAUUUAUUACCAAAACCCAGGUCAAACAGCAUGGUAUCCUGGAGUAAUCACAGAAUAACUAUCUCCAAGAUCUUAUAAGAUCAAGGGAGAAAAUGGAGGAUUCUACAUACGCAACAGAUUUCAUAUUAGGCCAAGGAAAACUAUUUUGAAAGACACUGAUGUAUAUGAUGGGAAUGUCUUAGAUGAUGAUGAUAAUGAAAGGCCAGAUUUUUCUGAUGACUGUUCUCAACAUGCAGCACAGUCUGGAGUAGUUUCUCAUGUACCAGACAAUAAUUGUGAUAGAAAUAAGCCAGCAAGAAUUAGCACUCGAUAAACAAAUAGACCUGUGUGGCAUAGGGAUUAUGAUAUGUAGUACUAAGAAUUUUUAUGAUAAUAUUAAUAUGCAUCUUGAAAUAUUUAUUCUAUAUGUGUCACACUCUCAAUUGAAAUUUAUUUUUAUUUUUAGUUGUUAUAAUAUUUAUAAAAUAAGGUUUCUAGAUUUAUUGAUUUUACUAAAGGUUUACUCUAAUCAAAUGAAAGGUACUCUUCUCUUGAAUAAUGCUGUUGCCUUUACCUGUACUGCUCUACAAGGCUGCAGCAAAGUCUCCAAGUCUUUUGAGGUGUUGAUUGCUGGACAUGUUGUGGCUGGCAUUUGUUGUGUUUCUUGUUUAGAGGGCUGUGAUGUCAUUACAUUGAUGACCUGUUUAAUACCUCUCUGUUGUAUUUUAAGCCGAAUAGACCAGUGGACCCAUAACACUAGUCCAACUAUUCCUGCAAUAUACAGUCUUGUAACCUUGACCUUUUGCCCAGAGUCUCCAAAAUAUCUGCUGGUGAAUAAAAGAGAUGAUGAUGGUGCUGAUGCAGCUCUGAUUUGGUUAAGAAAAACAAGUGAUGUGUCUGAAGAGAUGAAGGCCAUGAAGAAAGAACGACAGGACCUCAGGAACUCACCAAAGGUGGUCUACUAUUCUACAAGUAUUUUUAUCUCAGCUGGUCUGAGCAAGGAGACUUCUCAGUAUGCUAGGGUAGCCACAGGUGUUGUAAAAGUCAUGAUGACCUUCAUAUCUGCCCUGAUCAUGGACCGGGCAGGCAGAAGAAGUCUGCACAUGAUUGGCCUCGUGGGCAUGUGUAUCUCCUCAGUAGUACUAGUUGUUUGCCUUUCACUACAGAAAACAUUGCCCUGGCUGUCAUACAUAAGCAUUGUGGCUGUCAUCAUCUACACCUGUCUCUUUGCUACUGGACCAGGACCAAUACUUUGGUUCAUGGUGACUGAGAUGUUUGCGCAGGGUCAGAGGUCAGCCGCUGUCAGUGUUUUUGUGGUGAUCAACUGGCUGUGCAACUUUGCUGUUGGCUUAGUGUUUCCUAUUUUACAGAAGUCACUAGAAACAUAUUUCCUUUCUGCCUUUCUCCAUCAUGCUGUUGUUGUUCUUCAUUUUCACCUAUAUGUUUGUCCCAAAGGCAAAAGUAUUUCUGAAAUUACCCAGCUGUUUAAAUCUCCCACUAUGGAUAGAUCAGAAUCCAGAAAUUCUUACAAAAGCUCAAAGAACAGAUACAGCACCCAAGUCUUGAUAAUUGAUCCACCUCUCUCAGAAAAAGGGACAGAAUAUUAUAUCGAGUCCAGCUACUUAUAGAAUUUAGGUGGCUGAACAAUUUUAGCUGCUGUUUUAUUUUUUUGAAAUGUUAGUCUUUUGAUUUAGUUUCAUGUUGUUGGAUAAAUUUGUUAUUUAUAACAUUUUAUUAUAAUAUAUACAGGGCUUUCAUUAUUAUAUCAAUGCAAAUACAAUAAAUCAGUUUUAAAAAAUAUAUUCAUCAUUUUAAAUGACAACUUUUAUUAUAUUGUUCUAAAUAUAUAUGAUUAUGUAUCAACAUACCUCAAUGGAAUUGUGAUAACACAUUUAAAGGAGGCCAGAGACUUUCUUCCAAUAAAGUGAUUUAAAACUAUGUACCCCAUCAGUAUUUUAUAUCAUAUUUAUAAAACUAAUUAAAGAAGCUUUAUUCUGGCUGACAAUGUCUGUGCUGGAUGUGGCAAAAUAUGUAAUUUGCAGCUGGGGCUAGGUAGCCAUGGGAAAUACUGCUUUCAUUAAAUCUUUAGACUUGAAGACAAGCCUUAUUAUUAUUAAUCUGGUCAGUGAUUUCAGUGCAAUAUGAACACUAAUGUUUUGUGUAAUUAUUUUUCAAUAAGAUUGUUUUCUAUUAAAAAUAUUUUUAUUAUAA